GUUUUGUAACAUCUUGUGGAAACAUAUAUAGCUAUAUGUUUUUGCUUAUAUAAGCUAUAUGUUUUUGCUUAUAUAAUCAUGAAUGUGGAAACAUUACCCGCACGGGUAGCCCAAGUGGCAAACACUUGGUGAAGUUUGGAGAAUGACCAAGGAUCGAAAUCUGGCAGCGACGGUUGUGGAGGCGAUCACCUCUGAAAAAUGGGAGGAGUCUCUGACAUUAGAAAAGGCUAGAGACACAUUUGUCCACAUGAAGAAAGAUCUCAUUGCAUUAUCCGCCCCAACUCUGGAGGACAUAGAUGCGUCAAAAGGAUCAAGUACGAGUUCUCAUAUCAAAGACGACGAUUAUAGCGGGUCUGACAUCAUUGACGAGGGUGGUGGUGCCCUUGCUGCAGAUUAUGGUGCUAAUAUUAAGCGUGACGAGCCAUCAAACAAAUCCGAUUCUACUAGCCGUGAAUUAUAUGUGCCACUAAACGCCUCAGUUGGGAUGACUGUUGCAGAGUAUGAAGCUCUAGCAAGUAUCGAGAAGGUGGCAGAUGCAGAUAAGAAAGCACAGAAACGCUCGAAGUUUUCCACCCUUCUUUACCUCUUCUUCUUGGAGCUUGAAGAACGCUCGACGUUCUUCCCUAUCCGAUACGAUAUUCGUAUCAGCACCUUGGAUAGUGGGCAGUACAUACAUACAGUGAGAGUGAGAGAGAGAGAAGACCUGAAUCUAAUGGAGUACGAAAGAAUUCACAAAGUGCAGGCUGGUUUAUUGUCACCAAGUAAGCUAAGAAUGAAGCUUGUAGGAGUUCAUCAUCAGAGGAAGACUAAGGAUGGAUCAACUUCAAAUUGUAACUCCUCAAGAACCUCUCCUUCCAAAGUUGAUGAUUCUGAGUUUGUGAAGAACAGCUUGUUGGCAGCCUCCUAUUUCGACGAGGAAGCAUUCAAAUUGCCCGGAGAUACGUUAUUUCCAAAUGGGAGCCAAAGUUUUGUCCAGACAAAGGAAAUUUCCCAGUUGACAAGCCCUUUGCCAAAGGGCGAAGGCGGAAAUUCUAGUUCAAUUCACCCAUUGAAAGUGUACGAAGAUGAGAAUCUGGAUUACGACAGCACUUCCAGCUUUGAGUUUCACAAAGGGGAGAGAUCGAUGCAGCAUUCGAUGGCUAGGUCAUUUUCUAGACCCAUGCCUUCAAAGUGGAAUGAUGCCGAGAAGUGGAUAAUGAAUCGCCAAAACAUCCAAACCAACCAUCACCCGCCGAAGAAGAUUCACUUCCAUAACCAUACGAAUCGGAUGCCAGGGAUGAGCAUUGUUAGGGUCGCCCCGGAAUCCCCUAGCUUUAUUGAAAAUAAAUUAGCUGUUAAGAGGGUUGAUUUUUGUCAACCGUCGUCCGACCACUCAUCUCAUCCCAUUUCUGGUCAAGGGAAUGCGCCAACUGCAUCUUUUGAUCUCUGUCCGGAAGGAAACAAUUUGGCGGAGAUGGAUGAUGGAAGCUUGGCAGAAGAUAAAGGUUUUGCUGGCAUUAGAUCGGUUUCAAUGAGAGACAUGGGAACAGAAAUGACUCCCAUCCCUAGUCAAGAACCAUCAAGGACCGCAACGCCCACCGGGGCAACCACCCCACUUCGGAGCCCAACGUCAUCGAUCCCUUCAACACCCCGUAGAAGCGGAGAAGAAUCAAAAACUGUGGUAGACCUUCAUGCCAUUGACCAGAGGCAUGAUGAUUCUCAGGGAGAAAACUGUAACAGGGAAUUGUCUGAACAAGAACUGAAGCUCAAGACCAGGAAAGAAAUUGUGUCCCUCGGUCUGAAACUUGGCAAGACCAACAUUGCUGCUUGGGCUAGUAAUAAGGAUGAGAAAGAAAGAAACGGCUCUGUUCCUUCACACGGCACGGAGAUGACUGAGCUUGAACAUCAGAUUGAAUUCACCAAACGUGCCACUGCUUGGGAAGAAGCUGAAAAGACAAAACACGCCGCAAGAUAUAAGCGUGAAGAAAUAAAGAUUCAAGCUUGGGAAAGUCAACAGGAAGCGAAGCUUGAAGCAGAGAUCAGAAGAAUAGAGGCACAAGUAGAGAGAAUGAGAGCACAAGGCCAAGCGAAGAUGGUAAAGAAGAUAGCAAUGGCAAAAAAGAUAUCAGAAGAGAAACGUGCAAAGGCCGAAGCGAGAAAAAACCAGCAAGCCGAAAAAACCGCUGCCGAUGCAGAGUAUAUUCGCCAAACCGGACGGUUUCCCUCAGCCAGUCUCUCGUGUUGUGGAUGGUAAUUAUUACUGUAUGUUGCAGAAGUAGUUCAUUUCAUCAGAGAGACUCUUAUGUGUGUGUACAUCAGAAAUUGUAUCAUUUGUAUGUUUAUCAGAUGAGAGAGGAGUGUUUACUUUUUUACCUCUGGUAAAUAAACACUCCAAGCAUGGUAAACUAUUAGGUGAUAAUGGAUCCCUUUUGUAGCUCUCCAAGGUAAUUUGUAUAUGUUCUAAACAUGCCAUUUGUCUUAUCAUUAUCACUAAGAAAGUGUACUAUUAGCAGUAAAAGAGCAACCCAAUG